GGAAGAAAGGGGAGGGUGAGCGGGGAGAGGACAUAGCCUACCCCUCCUACAACCUCCAUCAGGCAUUUUUGUAUGUUCGCAGGAGUUGUGUUGCGUUUAGGCAGAAACUGUGAUGUCCAGUGACAGUGAAUAUUUUGACCUUCACUGUCCAACCGCGUAUCUCCAGCCAAAAGUGCUUUAGCCUACAUUGAUUUUAUAUGUGCAAUGUUAAAAUUCUCGGCCUAUUUGUCUUGUUAAUAGGAUAGGCCAAAAUAUAUAUUUUGUUUUUCUUUGCAUCUAAACGAAGAAUCAUAACAACCUCGUUCUGCAUCCUGAAAUGGGCAUCUAGCCGACACAUAGUCAACCGUGGAGAAACCGAAGAGGCGACAUCCUCAGGAUAAGUGGUAGUGGAAGAAGGCGGACAUUGUUGUCGUUCACCAGUGGAUCAGAGGAUGAGCAGAGAUCGGUCUGCACAAUUUCUGUCCUUUUACGCAAGAUUCUCAUAGGAAUAUUCUCUGCCCUGUAUUUCUGAUUGAGCCUCGCCUCAAAUACAAACUGGAUGUUCUGCCACAUACAGCGUCUCCAAAUGCUGGAAAUACAUGUAACCUAACUGGAUUGACCGACUACACGAAGCAGAUGUUUAGCGCGUUAUUUUUGUUAAGAGGACAUGAAAACAAAAUUAUCACAUAUGCAAGGUUUUCCGAUAAAGGAUUAGGCCUUAAGCAAUAACAUAUCUCUGUGUAUCGCAUAGCCCAAUAUAGGCCUCUAAAACCGUGAUGUGUGAUUAAUGGAUUGACAUUUAUUGGGUAGCCUACUGACAAUUUUUAGUUUUUCUCAGCCAUCUUGUUCAGGGAAUUUUAUAGCACAUUGAAAUACACAUGAGCUACACUAGGUGCUUGUUAUUUCAUAUUUUCUUAAAGAUUUGCCUCUGACCAUUAGCCUACAACAGCAUCGAUACUGGAAGAGAAGCAAAUGAAAGAAACCCAACCAAGAAAGCAGACUGUUCGCAGAUGUAGGAACAGUUUUCAUGUCACAGCUAGGCUAUAGGCUAGAAGUUGCUGAAGUUUCUUCCCUAAUAAUUGGGGAAGAUAGACACAUUUCCUCGGGUCACUGAUUUACUUUCAAUUAUAAAAUGGGCAGCGACAGUGAAAUUUACAAUAGAGAGUUGUCAAAGAUGUCUGACGAGGACUUACUCGGCAGCACCAAGGAAGAAUUGGUGAGUCGACUGCGUAAAGAAGAGUCCGAAAAAAUAUCUGCUCUUAUUCAGCGCGGAAGGCUGAUAAAAGAAGUUAACAAGCAAUUACAGGGACAUCUACUUGAGAUCAGAGAGCUGAAAACCAUAAACCAGCGUUUACAAGAAGAAAAUACAGAAUUACGUGAUCUGUGCUGUUUUCUUGACGAUGACCGACUCAAAGUGAAAAAGCUUGCUAGAGAAUGGCAAUUGUUUGGUCACCACGCCGCAAAAGUGAUGCGUGAAGACUUGGGAGGAUACUUGAAAAAACUUGCCGACUUGGAACGAAUGCAAGACGGUUUGGUGAAGGAAAAUUUGGACCUGAAGGAACUGUGUUUGGUUCUGGAGGAAGAAUGUGUUAGCAGAAGCGACUCCAGUCCUGGUGGUUCCACAGAGCUCAACCUGCCAUGUAUGGUGGCUCGGGACCUUGGUGAUGGAAGUUCGAGCACUGGCAGCGUUGGUAGUCCUGAUCAACUUCACCUGGUGUGUUCACCUGAUGACUGAGGAUAUGAUAGAAUAUAAUAUUUGGCACUAUGAAGACGACAGUAAUAACGGACGAAGAAAUUGUCUGUGACAAAGAGGAAAAUAGAUAUUUUGUUCCAACAAUAAUUUUGAAAACGAUUAGAUAAGACAUUUUACAGAAUGGCACUCAGGUUUGUCUGCCACUCAACUAAAAGACUACUUGAGAAAAGGACCACAAAUUUAAAUUAAAUAAUGUCACUAAAUUCCUGCACACAGGAAUUGGCUUACAGAGACUACAAGACUGGCCAGGCAACACAGGAGGAUCAUGUAUCAUUUUAUUAAGUUUAUGUUGUUUUGUAACAAGUAUUUAGGAACUUUAGUUUUCUCUUUUUGAUAUGUGUAAAGGCUUGGAAGGAGGUGAAAAAGUGGGGUUCAGAUUUUAUUCCAUACACUGGACUACACUUGGAGUAGAGUUUUUGUAUUGCACUGGACUAAGCUACCAUGGAUCCUUUAUGAUUCAUAUUUCAAUCCAGAUUUGAGCCAUAUAGUCUACUGUACAUACAAAAGCACUGAAAAGGCUAAGUUGUGAUUUAAAAAAGCUUUGGUAAAUUAAUAUAAUUAUUAUUUUUCGACCCACUAUCUAUGUAAUUUAUGCAUUCUGUCCCUCAGGUCAGGAUUUGAGUGCCAUGUGUGCAUGAUGUCACAAACUAACAAUGUGUAUUUUGUGUAUGAUCAAAUCUUACUUUGAUGCCCUUCAGGUUUACAAAGGCAUUGCGCAAGCUCUAAACUGAACUGUAUUAUACACACUAAACAUUGUGGUGGGCAGAGUCCCACACUGGUUUGUGUUUUGCACCUGCACCAAUGUCACCAUUCCCUGGACCUCACUUAGAGUUGAAGUGCACAUGGCUGAUCUCUCUACCAGCCACUUUUGUAAUAAACUGGAAGUGCUAGACUGGGUUUUACAUGAGGACGGAUUUAUACAGUACACUAAAAAGUAUCUGAUGAAGUCACAUUUGAUUUUGUUCUCAAUAUACAAUAUUGUUGUUUAUAAUUAUUGCAGGUAGUAGUUUACUUUUCAAGUUGCAAAUAGUCAGGAACCCAAUAUAGAUUGUUUUGUGUUAAUUCUGUGAAACAAACCUAUCCUUGGAUUUCAUUGCUUUCAUCUAUCAAUAGUAACUUUAUUUACAAAUACAUAUUUCCGUUUGAAACGUGUAGAACAUGCUCAUGGAUUGGAUAAGAUUUGCUUUUGUAGUUGGUUGUUAUUGGUGGGCUAUGCUCGUAGUGCAUUGAAGAGCUUUAAAUACACUGGCUGUGACACUCAA